AUGUCCCAGACAUUAUCUGCUGAACAGAAGAGAUAUGAACAACAUGGUCCAUUGCGCACAUUGAUGCAAUUAUCAGUCGGUCCUGUAAUUUACAUGGUUGGCAUUGGAAUUCACGAUGCCAUUGAUCUUUUACUUAUAUCAAAAGCUUAUACAGAAACUGAAGUUACUAUUGUCGGAUUUGCUUCUACAGUUAGAUAUUUAUGUAUGGCAGCAAACAUUUAUUUCACAAUAUCAUGCGUUGCUAGAACAAGUGGUUUGAUUGGUGCAAAUGAAUAUGACAAGGCAGCUCAAGUUAUUGCAGAUCUUUAUAGAUUAGUGUUUCUUUCAAUGAUUAUUAUUCCAAUUAUCUGCUAUUUCAUUGCAAGUCCAUUACUUAAAUAUAUGGGUUGCUCGGCAGAUAUGGCUGUGGAUGUCAAUCUGAAGGCCGCUCAAUUCUUGCCGGUUUAA